AUGGCCUCGCAUGACCAGAAUCAGGGCUCGGUUCAUUCCCCCGAUGAUAUUAAGCAUCGGAGUGUGAGCCCUUCGCUGCACGGCCAGCAGUAUCAUGACCCCAACUCCAGUGCUCUAGGUGUGAACCCCUCCAUGGCUGCUUAUCCGACAAUCCCCUCCUUUCAGAAUCCCGACGGCGGUAUCGGUGGUCCUGAAGCAUAUGGAUACGGGAACUACCUCUCUGGGGCGCCUCCCACACAUAUGUCAUCUCCCCCGACGGGUCAGAGCUACCCUCUCGUCAUCAAUACCAAUAAUAUCCCGAUCUCGCAGUCGUUCGAGACAACCCUAGCCAACCAGCUCGAGCACUCUGCGACGGGACUCCGGCCGAUCCAGGGCGACGAAAACUUCUCCAACAUGCUUCACUCCCAAUCCGAAUUGGAUUUCUCGCUCUACCAGAAUCACAGUCCCAACAGUGGCUCCGCCUCCGAGUACGAUUCUUCUUUGAUGAUGGACCCGCAAAUGCACCAGCGCCAGUCAAUCAAUCAAGCGAUCAACCCCGCGGACCUGGUCAGCCCCGUCUCCAAUCCCUCGCCCUCUUCGCACCCGUCAUCGCAAGAUCAGCAGCAUUCCUCACCUGGUCCGAUGUCCCCUCCAGGAUCCACACCGGGCACAUACUAUACCCCUCGGCAUUCGCGACACGCUUCGCUUGAUCCCGCCACGGCAUACAUGACCAGCCAAACAGGCCCGGACUGGCAGUCAGUCAUGAACAAUGCUUCCUUCCGGGGACACCGACGCGCACCAUCUGAGGUGUCCGAGGUAUCAUCCGCCAAUCAUUCCCCGUACUUGUCCCAGCAUGAAUUCGAUGGCAUCGAGAACAACGCGUCACCUUCUUUGGCCCCACAGCCUGAUCCAAGCCUUUAUGAUCCUGGUCUCGGCAUGGAAUCAUUCACAUUGUCGGAGCAACAACAGCAGGGGAUUAGCCCCCUCCACAGUCCUUAUAUCUCUCCACGCCUAAUGCCACAGCAGGGAGGGGAAAUGGUACCGAAUGCAUCUUAUCUCUCUCAAUUCCCCUCGGCGCCGACAGAUAUGUAUGGAAUGCCGCAAGAGGACAUGAUGAACAUGGGCCAGUUGAACAAUACCCCGGGCGACAUUGGCCAAGCUUCACAGAUGGCACCUCCAUCCAUUAAUGUUGAGUUUGCUCCGCCAUUACGGAAUACGAACUUCGAUCUGUCUAAAUCAACGGCAGAUUUCGAUUCACUGAGUCCUCCUGCUAUGCGAUCCCGUAUGCGUAGUAAAUCUGAUCCUUACCACCCGGCUUCACGUCCACGCUCUCCGGCGCAUCCAACAGUAAAGUUGGAGCCUCAUGCGCCUCCCACACCGCGAUCAUUGUCGCCUAUUGGAACGAUUGGCUCGCACUCGCGCAGUAACCCCGGUUCGCGAGAUCCAUCGCCCUCGCGAUCCAACCGACGCCUUUCCACCUCCUCAAUCGAGAACCGGAACUACAUUCUAGAUCUCGCAGACCCACAAAGACCCGGCGCAGCACCCGGGGAGCCAAAACGGAUCCAGAAACACCCAGCCACCUUCCAAUGCAGCCUGUGUCCGAAGCGCUUCACUCGCGCAUACAACCUGCGAUCCCACCUCCGCACCCACACCGACGAGAGACCAUUUGUAUGCACAGUCUGCGGCAAAGCCUUUGCCCGCCAACACGACCGCAAACGCCACGAGGGGCUCCACUCUGGCGAAAAGAAAUUCGUCUGCCGCGGCGAGCUCUCGCGAAGCGGACAAUGGGGCUGCGGGCGCCGUUUCGCCCGUGCAGAUGCCCUAGGUCGCCACUUCCGCUCCGAAGCCGGCCGCGUAUGCAUCAAGCCUCUUCUAGACGAGGAGUCGCAAGAGCGCGAUCGUGUCUUGCUAGAGCACCAGCAGCAACAACAAUCUCCUUCCAGCCAUCUCCAGCCCAUUCCGCAGCCACUUGUCAUGCCUAACAUGCCUGGUAUGGACGGGCAGUCAACAGGCAACUUCAUUCUGCCUGCUGCGCUCCUGGCGCAGUACCCAGCUCUGCAGACGUUGCAGUGGGACCAGAUCCCAGCUGCGGGCGAUGAUGCUGGUGAGAUUGGCGGGCGGAGUAGCUUCGAUGCUAGCUCUGGUGGGGAGUUUGGCUUUGACGAGGAUGAUUCUGGGAUGGGUGGGGGAUACGGCAAUAACCAAGCGGUUAUGUACAGUGUCAAUACCCCUGGUCAGAUGUUGGGUGUCAACCCCGGGGAUCCUGGGUACGAUCAGAAGUGGAGUGGAUGA